AUGGAGCCUCUGUUCUCGGAUCUGCAUCCCCAUAGUAUCUCUUCGACCAUCAAGAAUCGCUUGUCGAAUUCGUACCUCAUCGGCGAGAUUUCUGGCAUGCUCAUCUUUGGGUUCAUAAUCGAUAAGCUUGGACGUCGAACGGGCAUCGUCUUCGCCACAUGCUUCCUCAUCCUCGGCAUUAUACUGGCGACUGCUGCCCACGGUGAAUCCCAAAUUGGCAUGUUCUGGAUGAUGAUCGUCGGCCGCGGCGUCGCCGGCUUUGGUGCUGGUGGCGAAUAUCCAGACGAGGGAUACUCGUUGCAAUGUCAACUGAUUUCGCCAUUUGACACGGGUUUCGUUGUCGCUGGUGUCUUAGCUUUGAUUAUCUUGGCCUGCUAUCAUCAAAGGCUCUCUGAAGGUGUCUGGAAAGUGGCAUUCGGACUUGGCAAAGCCCUUUCGCUCACCGUAUUCUCCUUUCGGAUACGAAUGAUCAACUCAACGCAGUACCGCAAGCAUGCCAUCAAGCAGCAUAUACCUUAUUGGCUUGCUCUUAAGAGACACUGA